AUGAUCAACAACACCGGUAACCCCAACCAUUCUUCUGAGUCCAAUAAAAAGCACAACAACGCGUCUACAACACUAUUUGCCGAUGAAGGAUGGACCGAUAGAGAUCACUAUUUCAAAGUAAAGAAAAUGAAAUUGGACGAACGAUGGAAAGGACAAUCUUCCCUCUCGUCGAACAACAACAACAACACUUCUUCUUCAUCGGAAGUUUCUAGCAACCACACAGCACCACCAGCAAAACCCUUUUUUGAUGGAUUAAUUAUGAAUAUUGAUGGAUAUACGGAACCGUCGAAUGUGGUCCUCGUCGGUUUAAUAACAAAACAUGGUGGUUCGUAUCGGCAGUUUUUCGACAGCUCGGUAACCCAUUUGCUGGCCUGCGAGUUGGCUCAUUCCCGGUUGAAGGAAUUAAUGAAACGAAAACAUCCUCCAAUUAUUGUACAUCCUAGAUGGAUUAUGGAUUGUGUCAAAACAGAAUGUUUACUUUCUGUAAAGGAUUACCUCAUUGUGGAUCAUACACGAAACACGAUUCAACACAAGGAUUUGCGUUCAUUCACAAUGGUGAAUCGAAUGAAUUCUGCCAAUGGUGUUAUUCAGCAAAAACAGAUUGAAGACACAAGUAGCAGUAGUGGACAUCAUCAUGAUGUAACCACGACGAAUUCUCAUUCCAUUCAUUCAGAACGUAAUAUUUCUGAGGCGUCGCUUUCAUCAACCAUAUGUGAUCAAACAAAGGAUGAAAUUCCAUUUAAUUUCGCCCUUACUCCCACCACCAACAGAUCAACUGUGAAAAUCAAAAAGAAAACUCAGCCAUCACAGACGGCACAAUGCCAUCAACAAUCAGCACAACCAGUACCACCACUGCAACAGAAACAUGCUCUCAUUCAACCUCCAUCAUUUCAUGCUCCACCUAAACCACCUCACCAGAAAUUUAUUCCACCCAAACGUCCGCCCACAUCCUCAGAGAAUAAUCGUCACACUACAAAUAACUUGAUGAACAACACAACUCCCAAUAAUUUUGAAAAUAUCAAUAAGGAUGGCAAGCAUUCAAACAAAGAAUUCCUGACAAAAAGUGCUGCAAACGAUCCAAAUUUCAUUGACCAUUACAUGAACAACAGUCGUUUGCACUUUAUUAGCACGUGGAGAAACAAGAAAAAGCAAACAAAUCCAUCUGGAUCUAUUACAGAGAAGAAAGGCCUCUACGUGGUUCACAUUGAUAUGGAUUGCUUUUUUGCUUCAAUUGCCAUGAGAGACAAUCCUUCACUUAGAAACAAACCUAUUGCUGUGUCAUACUCAAAUGAUGGAAAUAGUGACAUUUCUUCGGCUAAUUAUUGUGCGAGAGAGUUUGGAGUAAGAGCAGGAAUGUGGUCGAAACAAGCUCGUGAAUUGUGCCCUGAAUUAAUUGUUGUACCUUAUGAGUUCGAAAAGUAUGAAGAAGCCGCCUCCAAGGUCCAUGAAAUUCUGAAUAAUCAUUGUGAACGAGUGAAAAUUAUGUCCAUAGAUGAAGCGUAUAUUGAGAUAUCCAAUGAAUUACAGAAUGGAACCCAAGAAGAGUUGGAAAAGUUUGUUUCAUCUAUUCGGUCUGAGAUUGAAAAAGAGACAGGAUGUACUGCCUCUGCAGGUAUGUCCACAAAUCAACUCUUGGCAAGAAUGGCUACCAAAGUUGCCAAACCAAAUGGUCAAUAUUUUCUUCAUCCAAAUGAUGCCGUGAAACACAUUGAAAAAUUGAAUAUUGAAGACAUCCCCACUGUUGGAUGGAAGACCAAAAAAUUCUUCAAUGAAAUGAGUGUCUUUUCAUGCGCGCAGCUGUUAAAGUAUUCAUUGACAGAAAUUAAGGAGUUAAUUGGAGAGAGAAAAGGAGAAACUCUUUACAAUUACUUGAGAGGCGUUGACAAGAGAGGCUUUUUUGAUGACUCUGCAAGGAAAUCUGUCGGGGUUGAGGUAAAUUAUGGAAUUAGGUUUACUGAACUUCGACAAGUUCACGAGUUUAUAGAUAAAUUGUCCAUGGAAAUCAGUGGACGACUGAAAAGCGAACAAAUUAAGGGAAAGGAGAUUGUGCUUAAGGUAAAAAAACGGAGAGAGGGAAUUAUUGAAUCAACCAAGUUCCUUGGCCAUGGCAUUUGUGACAAUUUCUCUAAAUCUUGUUCCGUUCCUUACUUUACAGAUGAUGUAGACAUGAUUUCAAGAAAGGUUAAAGACUUGUACAAACAAUUUGAGAUUGAGCCUGAAGAUUUUAGAGGCAUCGCUAUUCAAAUUAAAAAGUUGAAUAAUUAUCAGCCAGCAAAGGACGGAUCCUCAACAUUAACAAAAUACCUCAAUCAAGCACAAACAGAAACAGCAGAACCACCGCAGGAUAUACCAUCAGAAUAUGACCAUCAGAAUGCAAAACACCACAAUAAUUAUCACACGAGUAAUGAUUUUGGAAAGAAAAAAUCAAAAAAACACAAUCAUGACAACACAGAUGCUCAUGCUUUUAGAAUGGAUGAAUAUUGCGAAUUAGACAAUAUUGCAAAAGGAGGAUACGAUCAACCCAUUUCUUUCUCAUUCAUUGAACAAAUGCCUUGGGAUAUUAAACGUGAAAUAAUCCAUGACCUUACCAAGCAAAAAAGAGAAAAGGAAAAACAAGAACGACAAAAGCAGCUUGCUGAAAACAUUCGAGAGGUCAAACUUGAACAACAUUCGACCAUUUCUGAAGAAUCUCUGACUUUAUUAUUUUCAACACAACAAGUUGAUAAUACUUCGUUACUUCAAGAUACCAUAUACAGUUGGUUUCAUGAAAAUGAAGAAGAUUUUUACAAUGAUGCAGAAAUAGCCAACUUGUUUGUUGAAUUGGUCAUGCAAAUUUUGAAUCAACUUGCAAACGACAUGAAUUUACUUGCUGCUAAACGAAUUGUGAAGUUUGUAAGAAAGUUAUUGGUGGAUGCUCAGCAGGAAAAUCUCGAUGUUGUGGAUGAACAACGAUUAGAAAUGGCUCGUUCUGUUGCAGAUACCAUUAAUUUGGCUUUUCAGCAGGAAAUUGUAUCAAAACAAUUCUCAGAUUGCGUUGUUCCCACUUUUUAG